AUGGGAUCUUCACCAAUCAUGCGAAUCACAACGGGAGGCUCCACACCCAGCCGCGACACCCUUGCUAGUGUGUGUCUUGCCGCUGGAGCUACUGCAUCUAAAAAUGGCCAACCAGUCUACUUUGAGGGGUCCGGGAAUGGUGGUGGGCUUUUCAGAGCGCUACAGACUGUCGUUCUUGUCCACUUUGCUUUCAUCAACUCCAAAGUUAUGUUGGUUCAGAUGGAUACGUUGUCCCCAGAGAAAGCACGGGAGAUUGUCGAGGAGAUUCGGAUAAAUAACGGAGGUCUUAGGGAAGAAGUCCAGAGGAGCCUGCACGCGGAGGCCCUGAGAUCGAUCAGAAACCUACAGUCUCUGGCUGGAGCAUCGAUUCGGCAUGUCGCAGAGGAUUUGUAUGAUGCAGACACCCGGUUCAUCUUCGAACUAGUUCAGAACGCCGAGGACAGUCGUUAUAGUCAUGCUAAGAGUCAAGAGGAGGAACCGUUUAUCUAUUUCACCUUAUAUCCCGAUCGAAUUACCGUGGACACGAAUGAGGAUGGCUUUACCGAGAAUGAUGUGCGCGCAAUAUGCAGUAUACACAAAAGCUCAAAGCGUCAGAUAGGUGGGUACAUCGGACAUAAAGGCAUUGGGUUCAAAUCGGUUUUCAAGGUGGCACACAAGGUUCAUAUCCAAUCUGGCCCUUUUUGCUUCUCAUUCACGCACCGCAAGGGGGAAAGUGGGAUGGGAAUGAUAACCCCUUUCAGUCAAGAGCCUGAAGAUCUGCCUCCAAACGUAAAAACUCGGUUUACCCUAUAUUUCAUACAUCCCGAGGAUUUCCAAAUUCGCGAAGGCGAGUUAAAGGAGAUUCCGGACACGUUAUUACUGUUUUUGCGAAGGCUGUGCAGGAUCGGAGUCAAAAUCGAGCCCUCCGGGUUCCGGCUCUUAUUCAAACGCGAACAGACUGAGCCAAAUGGGCGCAUUACAUUGGUCAAAGAAGCAGGCGACGUGGUGAGUAAGCGCAUUUAUCACGUUGAGGGAGCUGAAUUCGAGAAUCUUCCGGAGCAUGGUGAUCAAUCAGCUCAGACAACAGCGGAGGUCAUACUCGCUUUCCCUGUCGAUGAUUCCCAUCGUCCCAUAAUUGAACCUCAACAUGUCUAUUCCUUCCUGCCAAUGCGUCAGGAAGGGUUUAAAUUCCUCAUACAAUCGGAUUUUAUCACCACAGCAAAUCGUCAAGGUGUUCACCUCUGCCCCCGAAAUUAUGCAAUCCGCGAGCGUAUCAGCCUUAUAUUUGUACAGGCUGUUUAUAACUUCUGCAAAAAUGCAACCUUGAAAUACGAAUGGCUCCAGUAUCUGCCAGGGCCAUCCAUUCCAGAUCCUUUCUGGGCUACACUUCGUGAAAUGAUAUUAGAAAGUCUAAGCGAAUCAAAGAUUCUCCUAACCCGCAACGGUGCUCUUGAUUGCCCAAAAUCACUUCAGCACCCCUCUUCUCGGCAUUGUGAUCGUCAUGGUCAGCCGCUUUUGGAUGAUAUCGCCCCUGAAGUCUACAUGUCAGAGGGAUACAAUUGGCGCGGACAUUCUGAGCUUUUAACUGAGCUCGGGGUGACCAACCUAUCCUUCAAAAAUAUUCUGGACCGCUUAGAUCCGUACCUGGUAGGGUCAACGCCUCGACUUUUCGAUGUCAGUUUGGACGAUGACUGGCAUGCCAGGCUCGCGAGUCUUCUUCUUCGGGGUUUGAGUAUGUAUGGUACUCGGAUUAGAGAGCGAGUUGAGGGUAUGGCUCUCAUUCCUAGUUCUUGCGGAGUCCUGUUGUCAGCGUCCUCGGGUGAUAUUCAUUUCCCUGUAGAUGACCAAGGACGUGCCAUUCCAGAUGACCUGACACUCAAAACUGUGGAUGUCAAAAUCUCUCAGGAUACACCGCGAUGGAGACUCUUUGAGGCCUUAGGAGUAUCAUCUUGCUCGUCACAAAAAGUUGUCAGCUCAAUUCUCCGAAGGUAUAACUCACCAGUCGGCGUGACGCUGAGGCAUUCCGUCGAUCACUUGAAAUACCUCUUUUGGGUGGGUAGUCAGGAAAUCCUCGACAAACGUAUUUUCGUGAUGGAUCAGAUGGAACGACGGGUGUAUCGAGCCUUCGUAACGUUUGGUGUUCACAUCAUAUGGGAUGAUGUCUAUUUUGCUACGGAUGGCGAAUAUGGCACCAAAAAGCUGUCGCAGAAGCUUCGACGCAGAUCUAAUCAGCAAAACAGCUUCCCAGAUGAGAUAUAUAUCAUUCAUGAUGCGUACUUGGGUGCCAUUCCACCUAGCGCCUGCCCCCAUGGUCUCACUUGGGAGAGGUGGCUACAAGUUAGGGCAGGCGUUCGUCGUGUCCCGAAGCUGUUUGAUCCUUUCCAAGGCCGACUCUUCCCUCUCGGCCAGCACUUUUUGGACUAUCAUCCAACGACAUUCAUAGGGAUUUUGAAGACAUAUUGGUCUAGUUACAACCGAGAAAUGGCAAGUAACAUCAUCAGAGUGUUAAAAAGUAUGCUGGUGCCUGGCCGAUAUACGCAAGAGCGAUUCCCCCUUUGUCGUCAAUAUUAUCCCUCCAACCAGCUACUAGAUCUAUGCUCUCGGGCAGGGGUUACUGAUAACUUUGCCCACAUUCUUAAAGUUCCAGCUGACCUGGUCACUGACACAAGCGAUGAGUGGGAAUUUCUAUCCACUUUUAGAGUUGGGCUACAGCCAGAUAUAAGAUUCUUCCGUUAUAUAUUCUCUUCGCUCACAGCUGGCCAGACUGUAAAUGCUCAGAGGAUAGAAGGGUUGUUUAGGAUGUAUGAAGAGCUCUCGAUUCGCUUCCCCACUGAUGUUGACGCUAUAAAACGGGAAAUAUUCGAUAAAACCGUUGCGGUUUGUAUCCCUAAGACGCGGAUAGAUACUGCGGAGCUUGCGCCCCUAUCAAACUGUGUCUGGGAGGGAAACCAAUGUCUUCGUACCUGCCACGCUCUGGCUCUUUUCCCGGAGUAUACCGAGAAUAGGCACAUAACUUAUCUCUUCCGGGAUAUGCUCAAGUUGCCUAGUGCUAGCCUUAUCACUUAUCUAUAUGAACUCGGGAACCGAAAGGAGGAGGGCCAUGAGGACGAUCUUUGCGUUAUAUAUGAUAUGAUCUCUCAACUGGCAAUAAGUCCCAAUGAACGCGGAUUACUUUGGGUGGGACCAGAAUCCUGUGUGUGGGCUGAGGCACCCAUAAUUGGUGGAAAGUAUGGUAUCAGCGCUGCUUAUUCACAGCAUCAAGCCCUUUUCCAAGGUCUACUGGAUAUUCAAGUUCCUACAAUAAAUAAUUAUGUAGCGCAACUCAAGAUGCUGGCGUCAGACGCCACCAGCCGAGCGAGUGAUUUUAAAACCGCGAUGUACAGUAUCCAUUCAAUGUGUCCCAAAGCUGGAGAUAUUGAAGAUCUUAGAGACUUGCAAUUUUUACCGGUGCAAAUGCCGAAUGGCAACAUUGAAAUAUUGAGGCCUGUUGAUACUUUCUUUUUCUCAGACACGCUCGAGUACCAGUCUACAUUUCAUGGAAAAGCACCUUUGCUGAAAAUUUCCCUUGAGGAACAUCGAAAAUUGCAUCGAGUUUUGGAAGCUCUGGGCUUGGAAGACCGGUACAUAUCUACAAUUGUGGAGGAAAGGGUUGUAGUAGAACAGAUGGAACCAGAGCCGUCCCGUCAAGAAACCAGAUUUUUCCAAAGAAAGGCAAAGCAUCUUUACCGUUGUGCUCUCCACUAUAACCCAGAAAUUGAAGACAACAAAUUCCCCAAUCUUCGUCAGCAGCUACAACGUGCGGCUGUCCAUGAAAGCAGUGGAUUUAAGAGAAUUUUGGUUCUGCAACUGAAAGAGUUCACCGUCACAGCAGAUUGUGACAAUGGCUUGGUCCACAUUGAGAACUACAACAACAUGUUGCGCAUCCAUGUCCCGAGGGAUCCGAAUGAUCGCAAACAAUGCUACUUAUCCCACCUCCCUAACACAUUGGCGCGCUUUUUGGGGUUGAAAGACCGGGAGGCGCGCUUAACCUUUCAACUAGUCUUCCUAUCUCAUGGAAGCAGCAUCGAAAGUCUGUUAGACUGCAAUGGCAUAGCUGCAGCACCGGUUGAAGACCUCCCUAGUGUCGGGUCUGACGCUUCAGAUGAUUCGGAGCCGUUGGCUUUAUCAGGCGACACCGUCUCCGAGGAUGGUGAGGUUGAAGACACACCUGUAAGGGUUCAUACUCCACCAUCAAGCUCAGAAACUGCUCUUGAAGUAAGCUCGAUUCUGGGAUCCGAGAACUUUGAACUCGGGCAUAGGUCACGCCAGCCAAGCUAUCAAGUUGAAACGGCUGGUGUGUUUGUUACAAGUCGUCAGGCAUCAGCACGUUCGAUCAGACCUUUCACCGCACCCGCCCGCCCUCUAGCUUUUCCAGAUGACGGCGCUGAGCCUGUUCCUCCCGUGACCCAAUUCGUGCGGUUACUCUGCGAUGUCAUUAGGCUAGGUCGUCAAGCGACUCUUCCACAAGCUUCUCAGGUCCCAACGAAUGCGUCCAAUGGUGACAGGAAUACAACCACUGGAUGGCCCUUUGGGAUGCAAAGAAUGCAGAUAGAAGUUGCUGGAGAGCCAAAUGACGAGAUCUAUAUGAUUUUCCGGGUCUACCAUCUUGACAAGGAGAGUAUAGGCGUUCAGAUUUACUUAGACCCAGAGAGUCUACGACAAGAAGGACGGCUUAUCUUCACGGCUGAAUCCUACAGUGUUGUCCCUGGUCAGCUUUGA